AUGGCUUAUGUAGCACCAAAGGUGAAGUGGCACAAACCAAAGGCGUACCGCAACGAUGUGAUCGCCACAGCCAAGGCCACAGGUUGUAUUUUGCAGUACUGGAACUCUCUGCUUGUGGGUGAUGAGCUGACAGUACUCAGCAUUGUGGACGACAACGAAUAUGUCUACCUUGUUGAUGCCAUUUUUGACACCAGCAACAUAGAUGAGUGGAAGAACUUCAGAUUUAAUUACAGGGGCUUAAUCUUGAGCUCAGAGUUGACUUUAUGCCAAUUAUACUCCCUGCUGGCAGGACUAUGGUCACUAACUUAUGAGCAGGAGCUGACCACACCACUUCACAUCACAGCUAGCCGAGGCUUCACAGACUGCCUGAGACUCCUGCUGCAACGUGGGGCCGAUGUAAAGCUGGCACCUGGUGGCACCACUGCCCUGCAUGAGUCCUGUGAAAACUGCCACCCAGAGUGUACCAAACUACUGCUAAUGCACGGUGCCAACCCCAGUGCUGUCUCAGAAGAAGGUCUAAUGCCUUUGCAUGUGUGUUCAAGUCCUGAAUCCCUGGAAUGUGCCAAGUAUCUACUGCAGUAUGGUGCAGCAAUCAAUGGUUGCACUGUAGAUGAAGAAGACACCCCCUUACAUACAGCAGCCAGGUGUGGCCUCCUAGAACACAUCGAGCUCUACCUGAGCUACGGAGCUGCUGUGAACAGAAAGAAUCAGAUAGGCCUUACACCCCUGAACACUGCUUGUUCUCAGCGCCAGGAGGUGCAGGACCUCGAACGUUACUUCAAGUUGUGCCAGAUGCUGCUGGGGGCAGGUUCUGACAUCCACACUAUGGACCAGGACAGACACACUCCUUUGCACAUGGCCUGCAAGAAUGCAAAUCCAGACAUAGUAGAUAUGCUGCUGGCUAAUGGAGCCUAUGUUAACGACAUGGACUAUGGAGGUGAAGCCCCCAUGCACAACAUCCUGAAGGAGGUGUGCUUCAAGGUUUCCCAUCACCCUGAGAGGAUUGUCCGCAGUCUGCUCAACUAUGGUUCCAUUCGGGUGUGGCCUGGGGCUUUGCCCAAGGUUCUGGCGCAUUGCUGCGUAUCUCCAGACACCAUUGAGGUCCUUCUGAACGUCUACAGUCACCUGAAAGUCAAUGACACCUGGGUUGAGUCCGUGUCCGAGGAGGUGUUUAAGGAAAACAAGGAAUUCUACGAGUCACUCUUCUCCUUGGCACGGACUCCUCGCUCCCUGCAGCACUUGGCACGCUGUAAUCUCAGGACUUUCCUGGAGGGUCGGGUACACAAGGUGGUCCCAAAGCUUGAUCUGCCCACAUUCAUCAAAAACUACCUGCUGCUGGAAUGCAGAGGCUACGUCCACUGAAAGCACUUUAUGCAGUAGUUAGUUAGACCUGAUGAUGAUUGAGUGCUGCUACAUGUGAGGAGGGAUUGGUAGUGGCAAAUAAUAACACUGAAGAUCACAAUAGAAAUGUAACAGACUGAAUAUGCUUAAAGCCUUUUGUUGCCUUUCAGGAGGAAAAAUGCCACCUUUUGUUGUCCUGUCACUUUUAUUUCAGAUCAAUCCUUCAGCCCAGGACAUGUUUGAUUUUGCAACACAAGAGGGAGCUAUACACCAGAGUUGAUCAAGUCUAUAGUGGGUAUGAACUUGUAAGUUUUAUAUUUUAUUUAUGAUAGGGUUUUUUUUGUUUUGUUUUUUACUUCUGCACUUGAUAGUAAAUAAAGAAGCUUAGUUGCUUUGUAUUUUUAUACAUACUUCUCACAGUUUGCUGUGAAUGCUCAUAGUGAUGUUUUACAUUGAGAAUUGCUAUAAAGACUAUUUGCAUAAAUUAUUAUUCCCGCCCAUAUUAUUGUAACCUUUUGUACUCACAAUAGGGUUAAUAUCAAAUAAACUUUACUACUCUGAACAUA